AUGGGUUCAUCAAUUAAUUAUCCCGGGUUUGUAACUAAGAGCACUCAUUUGGCUAGUUCUGGUGCGAACGCAAGCAUUUCAUGCGAGGAGGCAGCAAGCUCACAGGAAACGAAAAAGAAUUUCUUUCAGAGAGAUUAUAACACAAUGAAGAAGGCGCCCACUCCGACAAAAUCUAAGCUUUCCUUGGCUCUGCAGACUUCUAAAGUAUCAUCUAGUGCCAGCGGGACAGUGCCGGAAAGUAUUCCCCCGGAGACAAAAGAUAUUUCUACUAAUAGCGUGAAGAAGCAACAAGGUGACGGCAUAGAGUCACCUGUAUCGGUUCAAUCGGAGUCAGGCUCGCGUUCAGACUCAGACUCAGACUCGGACUCAGAUUCGGAUUCCUCCAUGUCAUCUUGUGAUGAAAGAAACGAAGAGUCUUUGAAGGAUUACAGGCCGGGCGGGUACCACCCCGCGUUUAAAGGCGAGCCCUACAAGGAUUCACGCUAUAUUUUAGUCAGAAAACUAGGAUGGGGCCACUUUUCCACUGUUUGGUUGGCCAAGGAUACGAUAAACAACACACAUGUUGCCAUGAAGAUUGUUCGAAGUGAUAAGGUUUAUACUGAAGCAGCAGAAGACGAAAUCAAACUCUUGCAGAGAGUGAAUGAUGCUGAUAACACAAAAGAUGAUUCAAUGGGAGCGAAUCAUAUUUUGAAGCUUUUGGAUCAUUUCAAUCAUAAAGGACCCAAUGGCGUCCAUGUGGUCAUGGUGUUUGAAGUCCUUGGUGAAAAUCUGUUAGCUUUGAUCAAGAAAUAUGAACAUAGGGGCAUUCCCUUAAUUUAUGUCAAACAAAUUUCAAAGCAGUUACUGCUUGGACUAGAUUAUAUGCAUAGGCGGUGUGGUAUCAUACACACGGAUAUCAAACCGGAAAACAUAUUGAUGGAGAUUGGAGAUGUGGAAGGUAUCGUUCAAAUGGUCGAGGCGCUGGAUAAACAGAAGCGAGAAGCGAAAAGACUGCAAAGACACGUUUCACGAUCAUCGGAUGCUACCGCAAACGACAGUAGCGAUGAGAAAUGGGCCGAAUGUCAAACUAGUGUGCCUCCUGUCUCAAACUCGAAUUCCAAAUCUCGUUCUACGGAGAAGGACUUGUCUAAAAGAACGUGCUUUAGAAGGCCAAGGCGGCAUACAAUCAUCACCGGGUCGCAGCCAUUACCUUCCCCGAUCAGCUCUUCAAAUUUUUUUGAAAUGAGAUCGCACUUUUGUGGCAGUAAUCAUAAUAGCUUUUCAUCCGUAUCUGGGAAUAGAAACAUAGCAUCUUCCGUCAAUACUAGCAGUAUUAAUAACUGCGUCGGCGCAAAAAAUAACAGCAAUUUUCUCAAUUCAAUGCCACAUUCUGUCACCAGAAUGUUCAUAAAUGAAAGCAAUAACAAUAGCGACAGUAAUAAUACCAAUAGCAAUGACAACAAUGACGAUAAUAAUAAUAAUAAUAAUAAUAAUAAUAAUAAUAAUACUAAAAAAAAUAAUAAUAAUGAUUAUAAUACCAAUAAUGAUAAUGAUAAUGAUAAUAAUGACGAUGAUAUAACUAACACUCCAUUGCAUGAAGAGCAGCUGGCAGACUCUUUAUCUACAUUUGAUAUUUCUAACAUAUCACAGACCUCCGAUACAAACGCUGCAUACAUUUCUAAUAUCACUGAUUCGAAUUCGAAUAUCAGCUCUAAUACCGGUUCCCCGGAAAACUUGAUUCAAAUCAAAAUUGCUGAUUUAGGUAACGCUUGUUGGUACGAUGAACACUACACUAAUUCUAUUCAGACAAGAGAAUAUCGAGCUCCAGAAGUACUAUUGGGGGCUCCAUGGGGUUGCGGUGCAGAUAUCUGGUCUACUGCGUGUCUAAUUUUCGAAUUGAUCACUGGCGAUUUUCUUUUCGAACCUGACGAAGGCCAUUCUUACACCAAGGACGAUGACCACAUUGCUCAAAUCAUUGAAUUACUAGGAGAGUUACCAUCGUAUCUUUUGAGGAACGGCAAAUACACAAGAACUUUUUUCAAUUCAAGAGGGCUUUUAAGAAAUAUUUCGAAAUUGAAAUUCUGGCCUUUGAAAGAUGUCUUAAGCGAAAAGUAUAAAUUUCCCAAGGAUGAAGCAAAGGAAAUAUCAGAUUUUUUAUCACCAAUGUUACAGCUAGACCCAAGGAAAAGAGCCGACGCAGGAGGUUUAGUUAAUCACCCCUGGCUGAAGGAUACUUUGGGAAUGGAAGGCAUUCAGGUACAUGAUAGGGAGUUGUAUGGUAGCGGUUGUGACCUUCCUGGAUGGUUUGAGGAGGUUCGCGAUCAUAAAGGACAUUGA